AAUGGAGAUCACGAGCAGCACGAUGGUGAAGCCGGUGCCACACCCGCUCGUCGGUGAGAAGGUUCCACUAACCCUCUUCGACCGCGCUGCCGUGGACGUCUUCGUUGCCAUGGUGCUAGCGUACCCCGCACCGGCACCGUCCAACGAGGCUCUCAAGGACGGGCUUCUCAAGGCGGUCGUGGCGUUCCCCCACCUGGCGGGGCGCCUCGCGGUCGACGAGCACGGCCGGCACUUCCUCGACGUCAACAACGAGGGUGUGCUCCUGAUUGAGACCAAGCUACCGGCUAACUUGGCGGACGUGCUGGUGGAAGGCCGGAUGGCCACCAGAGUCGACCACCUCUACCCUACAACGCCAGAGCCAGGGCACAACAAUGGGGACGCGCUGCUGCAGAUCCAGCUGAACAGGUACGGGUGCGGAGGUCUUGUGGUCGGGAUGUGCUCCCACCACCGUGUCGCCGACGGCCACUCCAUGAGCAUGUUCUUCACCGCGUGGGCAACAGCGGUCCGCGAGGGUAUGGACUUCAUCAUGCCGACCCCAUUCCUCAACCGUGCGGAAACCGCCUUGCCGCGAAGCUCGCCGGCCCCGGUGUUCGACCACCGGUCAGUGGAAUUCACGUGCAGAGAAGGAACCGUCGUCCCCGUGGAGAGGAUAAAAAACCUCACGGUGCACUUCACAGCCGAGUUCGUCGCCAAUCUCAAAGCCCGUGUUUGUGCCCGCUGCAGCACGUUCCAGUGCCUGCUCGCGCACGUCUGGAAGAAGAUCACCGCGGCGCGGGGCCUUAAACCGGAGGAAUUCACCACGGUGAGGGUGGCCGUGAACUGCAGGGGCAGGGCUGAGCCUCCCGUGCCGAUGAACUUCUUCGGGAACAUGGUUUUGUGGGCGUUCCCAAGGCUUCAGGUCUGGGACGUAUUGAACUCGAGCUACAGCAGCGUGGUCGAGACCAUCCGCGACGCUGUGGCACGCAUCGACGGGGAGUACGUGCAGUCCUUCGUGGACUUUGGCGGGGUGGCUGACGCGAACGGUGAGGAGCUCAUCGUGCCGACGGUCCCUGCGGGCUCGAUGUUGUGCCCGGACGCAGAGGUGGAUAGCUGGCUGCGGUUCGGCUUCCAUCAGCUUGACUUUGGCACCGGGGAGCCUGCCGCUUUCUUGCUGCCGGACUGGCCAGUCGAGGGGAUCAUGUUCCUUGUGCCGUCACACAAGGAGAACGGCGGAUUCGACCUCUUCAUAUCCAUCGCGGAGGAGCACGUUGCGACGUUCCAGCAGAUCUGCUACUUGACCUAG